AUGCUGCUGCUUGCCUUCCGUAGCUUUUUCUUCAUCGCCGUUAUCCUCGGCUACAGUACGGGCAUUUGGCGGCUGAUUAACGAUUACUUCCGGCGCGAGUUCCAGUCCUACCUCGAGGUGGAGUCACAGACGAACAAGUACCUGUUGCAGGACCCGCCCAAAUCCGCACCGGACCGGAACCCCCGGGCCGGACCACCGGAAGCGCCCGAUAAUCAGCUUCCCGCGCCGAACGUGGAGCAGCUGUUUGGCGAUGUAAAACACCGGCCCGACCAUCAACAGGUGACAGAUUCGAUUAUGGUGCUUUUCGAAACCCUCCCGAGUAGCGCCACCGCCGAACCUGUGCCAGAUGCGAAAGUUUACGCGAAUGGGCAGGAAGCCGAAACGCAUCGACCGGGAGAGAUGGCGGUGGUGGUGGCAGCGGAAGUCACCGAUAUCCGGCCCCAGGAUGAAGGGCAUGUGCGUACGAUGGAACCAACUGAGGGGGAACGGGAUGGGGGGGAGGAGGAGAAGUGGAUUUCGUACUGGAGCAAGCGAGGCAUGGACCGGAAGCGUGACGGGCCCGAUGAUGAUAGCAACGCGAACGCUUACUGUACGAUUAGCGGUGAAACGUUUGCCGGUGCCGUGACCAGGAUCGCGCAGCGGAUAGCAGCGGACGGUGAUGGUGUCGGUUGCGUGUAA